UUCUCUUUCUUAUAGGAAACGAAGAAACUAAACAAACGCCAAAUUAUGAAUACCCAACAUCACCGUGGCGACGACAGUGACGUAGGUCAACACAGUCACGAUCAAACCUCUGGAUCUGAUCCAGAAGAACUGCCAUUGGCUGGCGGCUGGCGACGUUCUGCUGCAACACGGCACAAGUUAUCAGGAGAACCCAACUGUGACUUUGACAUUAGAUAUGCUAACAACCUCACCAAAACAGAAUUUCAAGAGACUUACCAAGGCAAAGAGCCCUUGCUGCUGAAAUUUUCUGGCGGUGCCGAAGAAUGGACGGACACAGAAACUUGGACGCGUGCGGGGCUUGUCGGGAAAUAUGGGGACCACAUGGCUGUGUAUGGGUACAGCGAUACCAUCAACUCCCAUGGUGGGGAGGCGGAGGAGAUGAUUGCCAUAAAAGACUACGUCCACGUCCACAUGGAUAAGGUCAAUGCCUCGUCUUUGGGCACAACCUACUUAGCCGACGACAAGCUACUGAAGUACGGAGAGCUGCAGGACAAGAUCUAUCCACCCGAAUACCUUCAGUACUUUCGAAGACCGGCAGGGUUGCUGUUUCUAGGUAGAUCCGGCCUGGGACUUGGUUGGCACGCACACGGCGACGCUUGGAACGGCGUGGUGUUUGGAGAGAAGCACUGGUAUGUGUAUAACCGGUCGGCAUUUCCACCUGGUAUGCACUUUUACGAGUCAGCGGAUUGGGUGGAGUAUGUGCACAAGUUGUUGCCGCCCAACAAGCGCCCGCUAGAGUGCACGCAGGAGGCUGGGGAUAUAGUUUACAUCCCCCAAGAUUUCCAUCAUAGUGUUGUGAAUGUGGGAGAAACGAUAGCAGUGGCCUUCAGGGACAACCAUUUGACUCCAGUACCCUGCGAAAUCCAAUUCAUGGAGGCCAUUAGGAAACUUGAAUCAGAAGAAGACAUCCGCAGGGGGACGGACGCGCUUAGAGUCAACAACUUGCAUUACUACGGAAACCCCUUCCCUGACUUCGCUGUUGGGAUGCUCUACUUGAGGGACGGUAACUACCAAGCUGCCUUGGAGAACUUUAGGGCAGCUCUCGCGGUGGAUCGUUUCAACAUCCGGGUGCACCUAGGGAUCAGUGAUGCACUGUGCAUGCAGGGACGCAUAGCUGAGGCGGAGACGUGCCUUGUGGAAGCCAUGGAUAUACACAGAUCGUCUGUGCAUUUAUAUGAACAGUUCGGAAAAUUAAAACAGUUCCAAGGUGACCUGGUAACCGCCAGAAAGGCCUACGAGGCGGCUUUGCGACUACGGCCCGACAACAAGGACCUCCAACGGAAAGUGUUAGCAUUGCAGAAAGAUUUGUUCGAGAAUUUGGAGUGAGACACAAUUUUGAACACCCCCUUUCAGAAAGAUAAGUUUAGCAUGGUUAUAGUAAGCUUUGCGUCAUAGGCUAUUUUCCUCAACACGCGUUGCCAAGUUGCUGAGGUCGUUCUAGAUGCCCUUUUUUUAUCUAAUUGAUAAUGUCGACUUGUUACUGUCAUAGUCAGAAGAGACAUCGCUUGCCCUUGACAUCAACAUCAUUGAAUGUAUGAGAGAAUGUUACAGGGUUUUUUUUUACUUAACGUCAACUAAGGAAUUUGUAAUUUGUUAAAAAUCAAAGUUGUAGCCAGUGACAUUUUACCCAUUAUCUGAGUCACAUGUUCUAUUGUUCAUGUUGCUGAAUGCUUAAGUUGUUCUUUUAUUUGUAACAAAAUGAUUGAAGGGCACAAAGAGAAAAUUAAACACAGCGAGUUUUACUGUCCUAUACGUGAAGAUGACUGUAUACCGACAGAGUUUAAAAGAUGUUUACGAUUGGUAUCAUAGUAAAACAUCCAUGCAGACACAUUUGAGCAAAUGUAGUCGCCCAACUGCCGUCACGACAUGGCCCGCUUUACAUAUCAAUGAAGCAGCCGGUGCUGGCCGCCAUGUUGGUGUUUCUAUUUACAUCCGGAUCCGUUGGGUUGCAAUAUCGAUGAAUCAAAUUGAAUGUUUUUUUACACUC